UAUAAAUACAGCAGAUGUUAUUGGUUGAAUAAAUGUAUGUAAGUGACCGUAAGUGUCUAAGCAAAUUUUUAAGUUGCAUAUUUUGUAGGCGCGCAUCAUAGACGUGCGCGGUGCCAUGAAGCAACUCGAAGAACAGAUUGAACGGUUUAAGGAAGUUUUAUUUGAAAAUUCCAAUGCUUCCGAUUCGGAUUCUUCGAUUGGGGAAGGAUUGACAAACAGGGGCCAAAAGCGUAAAAAAAGAGCUAAAACAGCAUAUUUUGGCUGCGUUGGGCGCAGCGCUGGAAGCGGACUGGAUGUUGAUGUUUACAGCAUCGGAGACUCUAAACGCUCAGUAAUUUCUCACUAUCAAAAACGAAAGGAGCCUGAAUGGUUAGAUCGUGACAACCCGUACAGAGACAUAAACGUUAGUGAAUUGGUUUUACCAUUGUCGAAACCCGCACAACUCCUCGACAAUCCUGACACAAUGUCAAUUUUUAAAAACGAUGUGCUCUCCCAGCUCGCUGAAACAGCGCAGCAGAGCAUUGUCAAUGAACAUAAGUACACUGUUCAACUUCAACAAUUGUUCAUCGCUUUACUGGGCGACGAUCCCAACCUAACAGUAUCCCCGAACGAACGUUUUGGAAUAACGGACGAGCAGCGUUCAACAUUGCUUGACAUUGUUCGUGAGUCUCUCGAUAAAAGCCGUGAAUUCGUGCGGUCAUUGACCACCAUACGUAUGAAUUUACUUCGAGCUGAACGUUACAAGAACAAGGUCUUAAGCUAUUGUCGAGGCGGCGAGGAAACCUCCGAGAAAGAACAAGACGGCAAUCGAGAGAAUGAAAGCAAUGCUUAAUUGGGUGCAAUGCUAACCCAGUGCCCAAGCUGCAGCUUUCCCUUCGUUUCUAAAUCUCACAUACGAUCCUAACCCCUUGAAAACCGAAUUCAGGCCAAAGAACACAUUCCAAACACACAUUAUCCAUUGCAAGUGGGGCAAAACGAUGAUUAUCAAUAACAAAACUCGUCGUAUCAUACAGAGUCUCCUCACUUUGUGUCCAUUUUGUUUCGAUGAGCGAUGAAAUAUCAAGUGAAAGCGACGGUUCUUUUCAUCUUGGUUCUGUUUUCUUUCUCAUCUUCACAUACAUCCACACAUUACACACGAUCACAUUUUGUGUGCACACGCACAUCCACUCGUUAACCGAUACAUCGGCUUUUCGCUUCCCUUUCGCUCUUCUUUUCCCUCUGCCGCUCUAAAAUCUUCUGUUAUCAAUUCGAAACAUGCAAUGAGCUACUGAUACUAGAUUGAUGUUUGCGUUGUCUUGUCAUCAGCGUUACCUGUCUAUGAUCCAAACCCAUGAUGGAGUCUCGGCCAUCAGCGUUUAGGCGCAGAUCACUUCUCGGUACUGUUAUCUACUGCGAACCUUGAUUGUGUCCACACCAGCCAGUGGUCCACUAGUAGGACUGGGGUAUCCCUACUGCGCUGCAGGUUGCCGCCGCCCCCGAAGAUGGUAUCAUUAAAGUAAUCGUAUCUUGAUUAAGAUGGUAAACAGCGGGAAGAGUUGCACUGUAAUUUACUUUAUUAAAAGGCGACGAAAUUUCCUGCAAAUCAGAACAACUGACUUCAACCUUUCUGUCUACUACAGCAGUUUAAUUCGAAUCAAUUGGCU